CAAAGAAAUCAAAAGAUGGCAUCUGAAUGCACUGGUAAGCGAUUGUUUCACCAUGCAGGUAAAAGCGAAUGGCCGGAGCUGUUGAAUGUAACGGGAGAGGUUGCAAAAACGACUAUUGAGAGGGAGAAUCCAUCGGUAACUGCCUACAUCAUUGAUGAGGGAGCGGUUGUCGACACACAAUUUCGCUGCGAUAGGGUUUGGGUUCGGGUUAACAACAAUGGUGUGGUUACGAGGAUUCCAAAAAUUGGGUAGAACAUGUAACAUGGUAUUGAAAGACUCGUAUGAACUAUUGUAUUACUAUAUGAAAAGGAUGACCUCACAUGAGACUUCUACACUCAUGUAUGCUUUAUAAAUAAAAUCCCUCUAUUCUUCUUUA